UCCUAUUGUUCGACUGAUUGGACCCGACGGCUCCUUAUUCCGUUGUUUAAAAUUCGGCAGGUGUUUUGCGGCAAUAGGACGGGGCCAAAAUCGAGACCGGAUUUUCCAUUGCAAUUCUCCAGGAAUCCGAAUUAGCUCAAUAGAGCCAUUUGUGGAUCCAAGAGAGUCGGAUAUAUCUGGCGUAGGAAGGCAGAGAGGGAUUCUGUGAAGAGAUGCAAUGAAAUCAGAGCCAAAGGAAUCAAGGACAAACACAGUUUAACCAGUUGAGAUGUCCUUGCUUGCUUGAAUGGUUCCAGGGUUCUCCGGUCCAUAUUGAGUUCAGGAUAAGUGAGUGUGUGGAGUAGGUGUGAAUAAAUUCCCAGUAGUUCUUACUAGUCUGGUCAUAGAUUUCCAAUAUUAAUACAUUACCAUAAUACAUUAAUUUUGUACUGAUAACCCCGGGGGUAGAGUAUUAGAGAAUGGAAUGGCAUAAACAUAUGAUAUAUAUAUAUCUCAUAUUUAUAAUGACACUUGGGAUUCCAUCUCAAUACACUCAGGACAAAAAAAAGCUGAACAAGUACUGUAAUCCUUCUCCAUUUUGUAAAAAUAAAAUAAAUAAAAUAAAUAAAAUGGGGCAUUAUGGUCUGAGGCCCCACUGAAAGGCUUUUGGAGAAAGAGGGGCUUUUCUUCCCGAAACUCUUUCAGCCAGAGUUUUAUGGUAUUUGCUGAUUGAACUGUUUAACCUGUUGACAUGUGUGUGUGAAUGGCCCUCCUGUAAGUUUGCCCGUUGCAGGUUUAUGAUGAAAUCUGCUGCACUCGCCUGCCCGAAAUGGGCUUUUCAAAUGUUUAAACAAGUUGAGCAUAAACACAACCAGAGCAGAGCAGCUAAAAAAAUGACCCUGUAACAUUGUACAAUCUGCUAUGCCAAGCAUUCUAGCUCACUUUAUUAUUCAAACGUGGACUGGUUCCUAAAGCAACUCUUAAACUGUUCCUUAAACACAACAGUUUCCAAAAUGCAAGUCAAUGUAUUGUAAAAAAAAUUAAUACAGACCAAUAAAUAUACCAAUAUGUUUAACGACAUAUUUCUGUUAAUAAGAAGUAUUUAUUGGUAUGUAUCUCAUAGCUUGGUCCACCAUGAAACAGAGCUUCAGUGCAUCAUUCUGUAAAUUCUACACAUCCAUGCAACCUUGAUUGUUGAUGGUGCUUUCAUAAUGGAGGUCAGGUCUAAUACAUUUCUUUAAUCAAAAUCUUCCAUAUAUGUUCAAUUAGUUUGAAAUCUGGUGAGUGUGAAGAUUAAAGUGAACGAUUUACAUCUUCACUCUCCACAAACCACUGGGCCUGCACUGCACCGUGUAUGCAGGUUGGUUCAUCUUCUACUAAACUGCUCCAAUCAGAUGUUUCAUUAGAGGAAAAAAGUGAUCAGCCAAAAGAACUUGGUACUGAUUUGUGAUGAUGAUUCCUUCUAAGAAAACAAGUGAACUCAACCGUGCCAGCACAAACAAAGCGGUUCUUCAUUUCUUUCUUUAAUUUAUUAUCCAUCUGUAAAUCACUUCGCAGUACACGUCAUACUAUUGUAGCAUUGUAGAUCAGUGCUAUAUUGUUUCAUGCUGAUCUUAAUCCCUCUGUCAGGCCUGGGGGGGGAAAAAGCAAGUGAAUGGGAUUUGCAGACACAUCUCGGUUUCAUAUGAGGAUUACUUGUACGUCUAAACAGAAAAUUGGUCUCAGUCAAGCGAGGAAGGUAUAAAACUGACUAACAGGGAUAAGCCCAAUUGAGAUUAAACUGCACCAAUAUACAGUGUAAUGUAAUAUUUGAAUAUUUUACAUUAACAUAUGUCCUAAGGUUCUAAGAGCUCAACCAAUCGUCAUAAGAAAUGGAUCAGUUAACAGUAACCAGUGGUUGCACAACAUCCACAAAUACAACAACUUAGAAAUAGGCAAAAUGAUAAAAAAAUUUAGUUUUAUUUUUCCCUGAUUUCCUAAACAGUACAAAGAAUGGUAAAAAAAAAAGGAGUAGGGCACUAAGACUUAUUUCUUUCUAUCCCAGACUGUAAAGAAAUGCACCUUUAAACCAAAUACACAGUGUAAAAUGCUGAUAUACCCUAGAUUUGCUUUUCAUUUGGUCUAGAAAUUAUUGCGUUCAUUUCAGUGACAACCCGGAAUAAUGAAUCUGCUGUGAUUCGAGAAAACGUGAACUGCUUUCCCAGGGUGAUAAACAUGAACAAGGGUUUUAUUUUCUUUAUCACUGGUACAGUAUUUUUGGCAGUGAAAUGAAAAGUAAAUAGACUAAAGACAAAUAGUCUUAUCAGAGGACAAGUCAUACAAAACGUUUAAUGGUUUUAGAUAGAUUCAAGUGUUCCUUUUAUGGUGCCUGUUAAAGUUAAGUGGAAGCUCAUUGGUAAAACAUUGAACUUCUAAGCAGAAGGUUGUGAGUUCCCACCACCACCACCACCACCUAGCUACCACUACUGGGUACUUGAGCAAGUUCCUAAACCCCCAAUUUGUCAGUUAUAUAUAUGAGAUGAUUAUUCAUUGCGCUGGAUAAGGGUGUCUGCCAAAUGGUAUACUCUUUGAGUCCUGAAACAUUUUUUUAUAUAUCAUAUAUUAUUUUUUUGUCAAUUAAGAAAUGCCAUUGUGGCUCAGUGUCUGUUUUUGUAGUGUCUUUCCAGUUACAUAGUUGAAAUACUUUAAUGUAUGUUCUAUUAUUAUAAUUUUUUAUUUUUUAUUUUAUUUUACAGGUCUAAAAUUAUAAAAGGGGAAUACCUGAAAACUUGCAAAUCUGCUGGGCAAAUCUGCCACAGAGACAUGAAAUAUGUUUGAAACACGACAAUUCUGCAACGAGUUUUUCAAGGUGUUUUGAGUGGCAAAUGAACUUCAAGAGUGGAAGACGACGAGAGAUCAGGAAGACCUUCAACGAGCUCAACCUUAAAAUAUGUUGAAACCAUUCGCCAACUUAUCCAUAAUGAUCAUCAGAGAACGCUCCACAUGAUCUCACUUCCGCACCCAACCUACUCACCAGAUUUGGCUUCUUCAGACCUCACCCUCUUCCUGAAGAUGAACAUCUUCCAAUUCAUCCCAUCUGGCCAGCUCAAAGGUCACCGUUUUGACACCAUUGUGAAGAUCCGGCGCAAAUUGGUGCUUGAUGCUCUUCGAAAAGACUUACAGGACACAUUCCAGAAGUGGAAGGAACGCUGUGAGAGCUGUAUUGCUGUGCAACGGGACUAUUUUGAAGAAAUUGCAAAGAGAGCCAGGGUGUCAGUAAGUAGAGUUUCCUACCGUAUUAAAAGGCACUUGGAAACUGGAGGAAACUCUGACAGGAAGAAGCCUGGAAGACCCAAAGCCACAGUAAAAUCAGAAGACAAGUUUCUGGGAGUCAGCAGUUUGAAGAACAUGAUGCAGACUUGGGAUUGUUUUGUUACUUCAAGAAAAAAAAUGAGAAACAAUGAGAAACAAUGAGAAAGCCGGUAAAGAAACAACGUUACAGCUGUAAUAAACCAGAUCUCGAAGAAAAGGUUUUCCUGAGCCAAAACCUCCAGAAGGUCAUGAUGAAAGAGCACAGUUUGGCCAUCGACUUGCUGCUAAUCUGCAUGUCCUGUGGAGCAGCAAGUGUACUUGCAGCAUUUAAUUCUACCGUAUCUGCUCCACCAUCCACCAGUUUCUCUGACACCAACAUGAAAUAUCACAUGGACCGUGCAAACUUGCCAAAACACAGACGGAAGAGGUACAUUUCCCAAGACGACCAGCUGGCCAUCCUCGAUUACCACAACAAAGUCAGAGGAAACGUUUUUCCGCCAGCUUCCAACAUGGAAUACAUGGUGUGGGAUGAAACCCUUGCUCAGAGAGCAGAACAAUGGGCUUCUAUGUGUCUUUGGGAACACGGCCCUCGCAAUCUUCUCCGAUUCCUUGGGCAAAACCUUUCUGUUCGAACUGGAAGGUAUAGAUCCAUCCUGCAGCUGGUGAAGCCAUGGUAUGACGAAGUAAAAGAUUAUUCAUUUCCAUAUCCACGGGACUGCAAUCCCAGGUGCCCUCUUAAAUGCUAUGGGCCCAUGUGCACACAUUACACACAGAUGGUUUGGGCCACAUCGAAUAAAGUUGGAUGUGCCAUCCAUACGUGUCACAAUAUGAACGUGUGGGGCUCAGUGUGGAGAAGAGCAACGUAUUUGGUGUGCAACUAUUCCGGAAAGGGUAAUUGGAUCGGUGAAGCUCCAUAUAAAGUGGGCGUCCCUUGCUCAAUGUGCCCUCCCAGUUACGGCGGCUCGUGCAGUAACAACAUGUGUGUUCCUGCUGUGAACUCAAACUACCUGCACUGGUUUAAAUAAACACACACACAAAACACACAAAACACACAACACACACACACACACACACACACACACACACACACACACACACACACACACACUCACACACACACUCUUGUUCUCUAUCCCCCUUGGGAGGAUUUGCACAACAUUCCUGAUUUGUAUAUAUGGAUCUAUUUAAAAUAUAACCAUGUUUUCCAUUUUACUUCUUUCUUCUUAUUAUUUUUUCUAAAUUUUUUAAAUUCCUAAAUUAUUCUGUUAAUGAAUAUAUAAAUCAUGUAUUAUUUAGGAGUGUGUUAUGUGGCAGAAAAAUAUUAAUAUUACAAUUGUUAACCAUGCUUCAUUAUAGUAAGUCAGUCUGUUUAAUGUUAUAUCAUGUCAUUUGAUUGUGUUAUUUUGGUUCAUCAGUAUGGCUAAAAAGAGAUACUUAUUUAACUGAACAACCCUAAAGCUUAUUAUAUUGUAUUCCCGGCUGACUCAAAAUUUCCAGUGUUCGGGAAAGCCAAUUCCACUACAGUGAUCUAGAUGUCAACACACAAUAUAAGACUUAAAGGCUAAUUAUAUUUUAAUCAGUUACCAUUACCAUUUUUAACCAUAAUGUGUUUUUAAUUUGAAUUAUAAGUGUGUUAAGUACACUUUUGUAAGUGCAAUCCGAUCUUUAAGUCUGACUGCCUUUGAGUUCAAAACAUAUUGGCCAAGGUAAACUGUAAAUAUUUUUUUUGUAUAUAAUAGUCAGGAAAUCAUUUAGUUAUUUGUUUUUAUCUUUUAUUAUUUAAGUGAUUUUUUUUAUUGUCCAGCUAUAGCACUCCUACAUGAAUGAUUCUAAAGCAAAGAAAACAAAAAGACAUCAGUUUGUCCCUCAGGAUCGUUUGUCUUUAGUUUACUCAAGGCAGCAUUAGUUGUCUGAAAUGAGGAACUGAUGGAUUGUAAAAAAAUUAUAUUUGUUGAAUGAGAGUUGUCACAGUUUUAUGCGCACUGACUGCUUUUAAACUUGUAUUUAUCGUUUUCUACCAAACUGCCCUUUCUUUUGUAUCUGUAUUUUGUACAUUCUGAAUAAAGUCAG